CACGUGAUGAUGACAUUUACGAAUCGGGCACUGCUAGUUAUAAAACCCUGAAGGAGACAUCCUCUCUCUUAAUUGUUGAACUGCUAUUAAAGGUGAAAAAGGUUCCAAACUGAAAGCCCUCAAACAGUCAAACUGUCUACUUCAAAGAAGAAAAACUCCAACUUGCUGUCGCAGAACAUGCACUGGCAAAAAUCUGUGACUUCAGAUCAGCACCAGCAGAACCAGAACCGACCUUACCUUGGUGUGCGGGUCAAGGAACCAGUCAAGGAGCUUCUGAAAAGAAAGAGAGGGAACUCAGCUGCUACUAAUUCCAUAACGCCCACGGUGUCGACAUCUUACCAGACUCUCCCACCGUACACGUCAGUAGUCUCAAACUCCACUGACCACCCGUAUGUUGAUUUGGACGCUACAACAUCAUUGCUGCCAAUCCAAGAUGAAGGCACAUUCUACACUGGAUGGAUUUCCCAGCCGCCCUCUUUUCAGCCUAUAACACAAUGGACAGCAUGCCCAGAGUACAUCUCACACGAGACUGUCAGCUGCCCGUAUACAGGUGACAUGUAUGUGCAGCCCAUGUGUCAGGGCUACACGGUGGUUGGUCCACCUUCAGUCUUGACUUACACCUCACAACCUCUACUUACCAAUUUCACAACAAGAAGCACCACUCCAUGUGUGGCCACCCAGUUAGAAUAUGCAGAGCAGCAAACACCACUGACUUACUUCCCAUGGCCACAGACCAUUCCAAACCUUCCUACUGCAACUCAUUCAAUACCAUACCAAGCAACGCCACCCACCAUUCAAAGCCAACAGUUUGUCACAGUACCAAUUCCUGUACAGGAUUCUGUGCCAGAGGAACUUAAUGAGUCAAGAGUGAGACGAGACCUCAACAACCUGCCAAUGGAAAAAUUACUCCAAGGAGAGGAAGGAAACGAUUCCUAUGUUCUAAAUCACACUUUAUCUAUUGAAGGCCUUUAAAUUAUGCGUUCCUUACCUAGUGUAAUAUUUAAGAAUCUGUGAUUUGAGUUUUUGUGAAGAAAUUCUAUGUACGGUACUACAAUUAGAGGGAUAUUCCAACCAAAAAUCAACCAUGUAACAACUGUGAAGAUCCAAUUGCUGUAACCCCCCCCCCCCCCCCAAAAAAAAAAAUUGCAGAUAGCUGAAGGUCCAACUGCUGUAAUCCUCUCCAAUCACAGAUCAGUGGAGGCCCAACUGCUUUAACUCCCUCCAGUCACAGAUUGGUGGAGGUCCAACUGCUGGAAUCCCCUGCAAUAACAGAUUGGUGGAUGUCCAACUGCUGUAAACCGCUCCAAUCAGAGAUGGGUAGAGAUCCAACUGCUUGAACCCCCUCCAAUUGCAGAUCCUUGAAGGGCCAUCACCUGCACCUCCCUCCAAUCUCUAGAACAGUGCUUAGCUGUAAGUGUUACUCCCAUAGUGUUUGUAUGAAGCGGCAGCUCACGUGCGCGACAACCAGUCCAUUUAGACUCCUCUUUGCUAUGGUUGUGCAGUUGAGGGGAGAGCUGAGGACCAAUGUCUCCCAUUCUACCAACUGGUUGGGAUCUUGGUGGUUGGCUCCCACCAAAUUAAUAUUUUUCUCUUUUGUAGUGCAGAUUUUUUAGUUGGAGUAUCCCUUUAAGGACACAUUUCAUAACCAAAAAGAUGCAUAAACCUAUUGUAAAUAAAUGUCAGAACAGUAAAAUAAAAUUUACAUUA